AUUAUCUCGGUCACUUUGCCUUUCGUCUUUACUGUCGCUGCCGGCCUAUUCACUUAUUGAAGCCCGCUGUCUUCGCUGGUUACGGUCACCCAACUUGUUCCAAGCCGAAAGUUCAACCAGCACGUGGCGCGACGCUCGCCGACGUUUCCGUGGACGUUUCAUCGCGCGGUUACUGUGAUUCGCCCUGGGCCACAGCGUCAAUCAGACCCGGAACAACAGUUUUCCAUCACACUCGGGCGCGACCGUUUCUGGGUUGUUUAGUCUAUCAGCCCAGUGACACCCCCGCACCGCUCGGUUGAUUGCUGUUCAUUACACUCAUAAGGCCUCCAAGCUCUCCCGCGCGCGAUCCUCGGUCCCGCCUUCCGCUUUCAUCCUGAACACAUAUCACCAUGAAUUUCUUCAAGACGAAGCAAAGGACGCCGAUCGACCUCGUCAGGCAACUGCGGGACGCGAUACCCAAGUUGGAAAGCGGCCCUCCGGGCAGUGAGACACGACGCAAGGCCAACGACGAUGUAUCCAAGAACUUGCAACACAUCAAAGCCAUACUUUACGGAGACGGAGAUCCUUCUCCCGAGCUUGUCGCUCAGUUGGCACAGGAGACCUACAACACCGAUCUUCUGCUUCAUCUCGUGCUCAACAUCCACCGAUUUGAGUUUGAGUCCCGCAAGGAUGUGGUACAGAUAUUCAACAGCAUGCUGCGGCGACAGAUCGGAUCUCGAUGGCCGACAGUCGAGUAUCUCUCGACAAAGCCCGACAUCAUCUUCGGUGCACUAAAGGGCUAUGAGAACGAAGAAGUCGCCUUGAACACAGGGAUGAUACUGCGGGAGAUGCUUCGACAUGAACCUUUGGCGAAGUUAUUGCUCUAUAGCGACCAAUUCUACAUGUUCCCGCACUACAUCGAGAAUACGACGUUCGGCAUUUCGUGCGACGCGUACACCAACCUCAAGGAGACGCUAACACGACACAAGACGAUGGUUGCCGAGUAUCUCGAGAAGAACUACGACCGUUUCUUCUCGUCGUUCACAACCCUGAUUAUGUCGAGCAAUUACGUGACCAAGCGGCAAUCGCUCAAGCUCCUCGGCGAGAUCCUCCUCGACCGGGCCAACUUCAACGUGAUGACCCGUUACAUAUCAUCCGAAGCCAAUCUGAAAAUGAUGAUGAACCUGCUCCGAGAUAAGAGCAAAAACAUCCAGUUCGAAGCGUUUCAUGUCUUCAAGGUCUUUGUGGCGAACCCGAAGAAACCGCCGCAAAUUGAGAACAUCCUCCGGCGGAACAAGGAAAAGCUGCUCGCGUUUCUGAAGGGCUUCCACAACGAUAAGGAGGAUGAACAGUUCACCGACGAGAAGCAAUUCCUCAUUGUACAGAUUCAGCAACUGUAGCCUUUCGCGGACACCCUCGUCGGCUCACCCUCCAUCAUUCGAGGACUCAGAACCAGAUCUACGCCGUGGCUUUUUGACGCUUGUUCUUUCUUGUUUUCUUUUCUUUUUGCGUGUCGUCUCCGUUUUUCUCCCACCGUCUCCGUCGCAACCCGUCGCAACCCGUCGCAACCCGCACACUAUCUCUCACAAUCCACGUAUCCUAUACAUAUCUUCUCGCACUGUCGGCUGCUCGUCUGUACUACCUCCAUACCCUGGCUGCCAUGAAGCACCGUUGCGUAUCGAUAGCACGUUUGUCGAGAACACAUAAGAUUAUGAGAACAAUGCCGUAUAACC